AUGAAGUUCUCCAACGUUCUCAACCUCGCCCUUCUGGGAUUCGCCACGGCCACGCCCACUCCCACCAUCCAGGAGGACGGCAGCCCUGCGCUCAUUGCCAAGCGCGCCUCCGUCACCGAGAGCUGCAACAUCGGUUACGCCAGCACCAACGGUGGCACCACCGGCGGCAAGGGUGGUGCCACGACAACUGUGUCGACCCUUGCGCAGUUCACCAAGGCUGCCGAAUCGAGUGGCAAGCUCAACAUUGUUGUCAAGGGCAAGAUUUCCGGCGGCGCCAAGGUGCGUGUGCAGUCGGACAAAACCAUCAUCGGCCAGAAGGGCUCUGAGCUCGUCGGUGCCGGCCUCUACAUCAACAAGGUCAAGAACGUCAUCGUUCGCAACAUGAAGAUCAGCAAGGUUAAGGACUCCAACGGCGACGCCAUUGGUAUCCAGGCCUCUAAGAACGUCUGGGUUGACCACUGCGACCUGUCCUCCGACCUCAAGUCGGGCAAGGACUACUAUGACGGUCUCCUCGAUAUCACCCACGGCUCCGACUGGGUGACUGUCUCCAACACCUUCCUCCACGACCACUUCAAGGCCUCGCUUGUCGGCCACACCGACUCGAACGCCAAGGAGGACAAGGGCAAGCUUCACGUCACCUACGCUAACAACUACUGGUACAACGUCAACUCGCGCAACCCCUCCGUCCGUUUCGGUACCGUCCACAUCUACAACAACUACUACCUCGAGGUCGGCAGCUCCGCCGUCAACACCCGCAUGGGCGCCCAGGUCCGUGUCGAGUCUACCGUCUUUGACAAGUCGACCAAGAAUGGCAUCAUCUCGGUCGACUCCAAGGAGAAGGGCUACGCCACCGUCGGCGACAUCUCUUGGGGCUCCUCCACCAACACUGCGCCCAAGGGCACCCUUGGCAGCAGCAACAUCCCCUACAGCUACAACCUCUACGGCAAGAACAAUGUCAAGGCUCGUGUCUACGGCACCGCCGGUCAGACCCUAGGCUUCUAA